AGUUUUCUUCAAUUUGGGUUGUAAAUAUUCGAAGUGCAAGUCAUCUGAUUCGCUCUUAUUGAUCUACUUUUUGUGCAAUAAUUAAUAUUAUAUAAGAGUUUGAAUCUCCGUAAAAUGGUUGUUAAUUGGCCUGCAGCUGGUGCUGUGCUUUUGCCUCAUAUAGGAGGUUUUGCUGGUGCAAUUGCCACUCGAAGUAAUGUUGAAACUUGGUAUAAGGGGCUACAAAAACCAUGUUUCACUCCUCCAACUUGGAGCUUUGGGUGUGUGUGGUCGGGAAUUUAUUCCGGUAUCGGUUAUGCUUCUUACAUGGUGUGGCGAGAUGGAGGUGGAUUUGAAGGUGAGGCAAGAUUGCCACUAGCAGUGUAUGCUACAAAUCUUGCCCUGAAUUGGGCAUGGACUCCAAUAUUUUUUGGGGCAAAGAAGACUCAACUUGCACUGUAUGAAAUAAAUCUAAUCACUGCAACUGCUGUAGCAACAGGAGUCCUUUUCUACAAAAUAAAUCCUAUUGCAGGAUACUUGUUUAUUCCUUACAUUGCUUGGUUAGGACUUGCUACAGCAUUAAACUACAAAAUAUGGAAAGAUAAUCCUGAAGAAACUGAUGAUAAAAUAGUUGAAAUUAAGGACAAAUAAUACUAUAAGAGGCUGAUAUUGGUGCUGUAUGAAAUAACAUCUAAAAGCUGAUAGUUGUAGGAUGUGUUUGAUCAGUACAUGUGGAAAUUGUUUGUAGUAGGAUUAUACGUCAUUAAUUUUAUAUUGAUCAGUUUUUAUGCACAACAUUUAUGUAAUUACAGAAUAAUACGUAGUACAUUCCUAACAUUAAUAUGUUAAACAAAAAAUACUUUGCUACAUGGCUUUUUUUUGGAGAGUAUUAAUAAAUAGUCUCGCAAAACAGUA